AUGACGUGCGGAUCACGGCUCUCCGGUCCGCCCAGCGCUAUUUCCCACACUGAUAACGUUUUUCUUGGACAGGCGAUUAUAAAAGGUUGUUUAUGUGUUGUGUAUCAGGUUUCUGCGAUACCGUUUCGAUUAUCACUGGAUCUCGCUUUCUCAAUUUAAUAACGUUGCCGCCGCCCUUUCAUCUCUCAACUUUAUUCUCGGUCGCACGCUCCGUUUCGGUGUCUCAAAUCAGAUUGAUAAGGAUAUAUUUCAGUGGGAUUUUGAUACUUUAAUCUAUUUAGAAGUUUCAAAAUUGUUUUUUUACACAACAACAAAGUUUUUAUUAUUCCAAAAGAAUCUUUUUAUUCUUUUCAAAUCCUUCACAGAUUGAAAUCUACUCACGAGCGAGAAAAUUCUUGAAAAAUUUCAAAAUACUACUUGAAAUUUUUUUAGCAAGGUUUAUGGGGUUCCAAAAAUCUUGCGUCUUUCAAAAUAAAUAAGGUCUUUCGCUUUGGAACCAAAAUAAAAAAAUCCGAAAUCAUAUUCGAGAUGAAACUCACACAAAAUUUGAAUGAGGUUCCGAAUCGAAAGGCCUUUUUUUAUUUUUUUAUCAAAAAAACUGAAAAAUUCUUUUUUUCAUUCAAUUUCCAAAAAAAGCUUGAAACAUCGUUUUCAUUUUUUUGUUUACAGAACGGUUUACUCGAGUAUUAUAUGUUUAUCUGUUUUUGUUUUUCAGUUUUCAGUGUAAUAAACCAUUCAUCAACGUUUAUAAAUAUAAGGCGACCCCCUAAAUUUGGACUUCAAUUUUUCUUCAUUACUUUGUCUUGUGACAUUUUGUGACGACCCAAUAAUGAAAAACAGUGAUUGAAUCCGGUUCUGGUCCAAUCAUUGUUUUGUUUUUUUUUUUCAGGGACGAGUAGACUGUAGGUUUUCCAGCCGACUGGUGCAACCAUUUCCCAUAUUUGUCGGCUUUGUCCGAAAAUUCUGGCCGAGGUGUCAAAACGGCCUUUUUGCUCGACUUUUCGGCCCCCGGUUUGCUCUCCGGUUUGUUGCAACAUCGAUCUGUUCCUUAUUUUUCAUCUUUUACACCUCUUCAGACUAAAAUAUUCAGAAACUUGAUUUUUUUUUUAUUGAAAUUGAUGAAAAACGGCUUUUUCGUCUCGAUAUUUUCAUCGAAUUCUUGAAAGAUCCUUUAUUUAUCCCAUUAAGGUCUUUUGAUUUUAUUAUUCUCAUGAAAAUGGAAGUUUCAGAGUUUGGAUUCAUCGUUUAAAUUUUUUUCGAAUUUUUUUGAUAAAAAAAAAUCAUCUUUCAGUUAUCCUUACAUUGAGAUGCUGCUCCUUGAGAAAAAAGAUGUGA